GAAUCGCACCAGGCAUCGACUGCCACUAGACAUCCCGUGAGAUUAGUACCGCGCUCUCCGACCCGCCAAAAAAUCUAAUACAUUUUUGUCCGUUAUCAGAAUGGUAAUUUUUGCAGUGAUCGACUAAUCGGUGCUAUUGUUUUGUCGAGUGUCGCCAACGUUUCACCUCCAUUGUACCAUUUUUACUUCUCCUCACGUCGAACACGAUGGAACUCCGUGUAACUACGGCGAGUACGCUGGUCGUAUUGGUGCUACUCGAGGCGUCGAGCUGUACGAGCGAGAAAUUAACACCCGGUCAAAAAGCGCCAGCAUCCGCUAAAGGAUCGGGUGGCCUGGCACUGAAAGCCCCUUACGAGGCUGGCGGACAAGCGGCUGACGUUGGUCGAAGAGGCGGUCAGGCGAUUCCAGGCCCCCCCGCACCAGCACCAUCCGGGGGAUCGACGCAGCAGGUUGACGGAGUUGUGCGCGAAGAGACCGAAGAAUUGAAAGAAGUCGAUGGGCAACUCGUUCGAGUGGUCAAGGGAAAUUUUGCUUACGAUAGUCCGGAAGGACUUCCAAUCGCGGUCAAAUACGUCGCGGACGAGAACGGAAAUCGAGCGAGUUUUACUUUCGGAACUGGCAAACCAAGCGGGGGGGCGGCUUCGCGACCGUCCGGAGGGACGAACAGAAAACCGGGACUAACGCCGGGCGGACCGAGCGCGACCUCUUUGGGCGGAGCUGGCGGCGGCGGCAGGGAUCAAACCGGAAGUGGGGGGAAAUCAAGCGCUGGCCGUCCACCGGGCCAGGCGGGCGGUGGCGCCAAUGGUCAAGGCGGCGCCAGCACAUACUUGCCACCAACUUCCACCAAAGUCGACAGAAGCUAUUUGCCCCCCAAUUAAUUAUUUCCCUGUCUCCCGACUCGCCUGAAUCGUCCACUCGUCGUAAAUCAGGAACACGUACAACUCUCGUAAUAUUCACAAUUAAGUCAUUGAUCUCGCGAUAAAACUGCCAGAACGUGGACAAUCAUUCUUAUAUCUUUCGAGAUUUUGUCAAGAAAUUCAAGUACUUAACCUUGCCACGAUUCAACGCGGAUGAGGACAACGAUGUUUUACAAUAGCGAAUAAUUCCUUAUUUAAAAUACCAUUGAAAAUAACGCGUUAAAUGCCUCAGUAGAACGUGUGACGGUGAUUCGCAUAGAGAGCUUCUCUGCUUCAAAUAGGUCAAAUACUUGGUGACUCAAUCAUCGAACGUUUGUGUAAAUGAAAAAUGUAUAAAAGAAAAAAAGAAUAAACGUCUCGUCGUUCGAUCGCACAA